AAUGGGUAAUCUUCGUGUAACCAAAGAGGGGAUCAGGCUAGAGGGUGUUUCGGAGUUUCUGCUCCCUCUCUACGUGAAAGAAAUAGAAUCCAGAAGGGACAAUCCUCUGAUCCUGCAGUCAGACAGGAAUGUGACGGUGAACGCAAGAAACAACCUUGGUCAGCUAACAGGACAGCUCACUGUGGGCUCGGAGAUGGUGGAGGCCCAGUGUCAGAGGUUCGAGGUGAGGAGUCCUGACGGGGAGCGGGUGCUCUUCUCCGCUGACGAGAAGGAGAUCAGCAUCGGCACUGAGAAACUGAGGGUGACAGGGAACGAAGGUGUCGUCUUCGGACAUUCAGUGGAGACAUCCCACAUCAGAGCAGAACCUUUCCAGGAUCUCAAGCUGGAGUCUCCCACCAGGACCCUGAGUCUGGAGGCUCCCAGAGGGGUGGAGGUCAACGCCGGGGUGGGCGACUUCAAGGCCUCCUGCCGGAAAGACCUGUUGCUCCAGUCGUCAGAAGGAGAGAUCUUUUUAGAUUCCAACACAAUUCGGCUGGGGAACAUUCCUCACGGGACAGCGGCAGACCCGCUGCACGGGGCGCCGGGCACCACGUACCCCAAACAGACUGUGUACGAGCUGUGCGUGUGCCCAAGCGGCAAGCUCUACCUGUCCCCAGCUGAGAAGGGCUCCACCUGCCAGACGACCAGCAACGUGUGUCUGUGGAGCUGAGAGAGGGGGGGCCAGCGGACCGCUGAACACCAGAAAGGCCUUCCCCUCAUUAGGAUCCCAGUCCAGGAUACCAGGACCCCAACAGACCCUGAUCCCCAUCCAUACUGUUCCCCAUCCAUACUGAUCCCCAUCCAUACUGAUCCCCAUCCAUACUGAUCCCCAUCCAUACUGAUCCCCAUCCAUCGAUAGAUUUACUUUCUUUGACAGACAUUCUUCUUUUUCUUUCUUUCUCUGUGGUCACUCUCUCUUUCUCUCUUUCUCAUCUCUCUCUUUCUCAUCUCUCUCUUUCUCAUCUCUUUCUUUCUCAUCUCUCUCUUUCUCAUCUCUCUCUUUCUCAUCUCUCUCUUUCUCUCUUUCUCAUCUCUCUCUUUCUCUCUUUCUCAUCUCUCUCUUUCUCAUCUCUGUCUUUCUCUCUUUCUCAUCUCUCUCUUUCUCUCUCUCUCUUUCUCUCUUUCUCAUCUCUCAUCUCUCUCUUUCUCAUCUCUCUCUUUCUCAUCUCUCUCUUUCUCAUCUCUCUCUUUCUCUCUUUCUCAUCUCUCUCUUUCUCUCUUUCUCAUCUCUCUCUUUCUCAUCUCUGUCUUUCUCUCUUUCUCAUCUCUCUCUUUCUCUCUCUCUCUCUCUCUCUUUCUCUCUUUCUCAUCUCUCUCUUUCUUUUUUCUCUUCUUCCUUCUUUCUUUGUAUUACUUUUCCUCUUCCUCUCCGUCAGUUGUUAUUUCUUUCUCUUACCCUCUCUGUCGUUCUCUCUCCUGCUCUCUUUCUCCUCCCUUCGUCAUCUCUCUCUCACAGACCUCCCAAACAAAGAAGAAAAAUCAGGAAUCCCUUGAAAAAUGAGGCUUGGGGAAAAAGCCCCUUCUUCCAAAAUUUUGAUGGAACAAAAAAACAAUAUGAAGUGACAAUUUGUUUUCUCCUUUUUUUCUAUUUUUCUAUCGUUCUCAGAUGGGGAAUGAGUGUUGCGCCACCGCCGGGCCGAACUUGAACCGAGAGAUUUGCGUGGACUGAUUUGUUUUUCUAAGAAAGCGAUACACAGGUGCCUUUGCUAUUGUUGGUAAAGCACAUCACCUCCAACGUUCUCAUCCUCUUCAAUGGACCAUCGUUAACUCACUGGAAAACUAACUGUCUUUGGCUUAAAGCCUUGUCCAAAUCUCUAUACAGACUUCAAGUACAGUUCUUUUUUUUUUCCUCUGAUGUUUUCUUGAUAAAAAAAAAAGCACAAAAUUAUGCCAUGUAUAUAACAAUACCAAUAAAAUGAAAAAUAAAACUAUAUUGUUUUAUAAACACA